GUCGUUGUAAACACAUCCUAUUUGCAUGCGACUACUGUUAGGGAUCGCUGUAGCGGUAUUGCGAAUUUUACAAGAAGUUUUUAGUUGAAGAUUUGACGGUAUUUUACGAACAUCGUUUUUUUUUGUGUGCGGUGAGGAUUUUGAUUGGCGAAGAUGAUUCCCGGAGUAUGUUUUUUGCUUUGUUUUGGAGUGAUUUUCGUGGAAUGUCAUCCGACCAUGUAUAAGAUCAAUGAGAACAAGGUCCUGGAACCAGACCUUGUUCCCGUGUCGUCGACUGUAAUACCGCUUCCGGUGUACCAAGUAGGCUAUGGAAUUAAUCUAGGACCAUCCAUAAAGGACGAAAAGACAAAGAAACCGGAUGGACCCAUCACUUUGAUAACAGUUCACUCCAAGAAGAAACCGUAUCCAGUACCCAAACAGAAACCCUCGGAUGUGUCGACAGUGAAGCAAAUCUCUAGCGAAGACGAAAAUUAAAAAAAAUAUACAAACAUUUUAAUACCUGGAUUUUAACAAGACUAAAAAACUAGUUACCUGCCAAAGUUACCUUUAAUUUUUAAUAUUAGAAUAAUUCAUUUUUGCAACAGUAGGGAAAUGAUUUUAUUAGUGACAUUAAAUAAAUACUAUUAAUUAGCUAAACAUACAGUGUGUUCUAAUAAAAAUUUAAUUUGUGGUACUGGGAUAAAUGAACACCCCGUAAAUCUCAUCAGAGUAAUGCGUUCUUUAACAUUUGCAAUUUUGCAGCGCCAACUAAUGUAAAUAAUGUAUAUGUUAAAUAAAUUGUAAUAACUA